AUGCCGUCACAAAACCUUGAAUACCCAAAGCAGCCGUUCAGCACUGUGAACCGGUACAACAACCGAGCCUCCUACUCCCUGCAGCAGAUCCACCAGAUCAUCAACACCACGCACUUCCUCAAUGUCUCCUUCGUGGACCCGGACUCGCCCUACCCGGUCUCGAUCCCCAUGAUCGGGCACAUGGGCUCGUUCGACCGGCCCAGCGCCGACACGGGCGACGUUCUGGACCUGUACCUACACGGCUACAUCUCGUCGCGGCUGCUGAACCUGUCGCGGAACCACGGCUCGUCAUCACCGUCAGACGGUGGCGCGGACCAGACGGCACAGCCCGGGGGUGACAGCAACGGCAAUAGCAGCACGAAGGGCGGGCUCCCCGUGACCGUGGCCGCGACGCACGUCGACGGGCUGGUGCUGGCGCUGACGCCCAACAACCACUCGUACAACUACCGGUCCGCGACGCUGUUCGGGCGGGCGGCCGCCGUCGCCGACCCGGCCGAGAAGCUGUACGCCAUGCGCCUCAUCACCGACGCCGUGGUCCCGGACCGCUGGCGCCAGUCGCGCGUCCCGCCCACCAAGGGCGAGAUGGCCAGCACGGGCCUGCUGCGCGUCACCAUCGAGGCCGGCUCUGCCAAGAUCCGCUCCGGCAUGCCCGGCGACGAGCGCUUCGACCUCGAGAACGCCGAGGUCACCGGCCGUGUGUGGACGGGCGUCGUGCCUGUGUGGAGCGCGAUGGGCGACCCGAUGCCUGGGCCUGAUAACAAGGUCGAGCAUGUGCCUGGCUAUAUCGCCGAUUUCGUGAAGGAUGGCAAUUCGUGGGCGAAGGAGACCGCGCUGGAGCAGGCGACGAAGACCAUGAAGCCCAAGGGCAAGACUGAGGAUUGA